AUGAAGCCUGACAAUCAUUACGAGAAAGGAGUGUGUGAAAGGUGUUUAGAAUGUGUAGCAAGUGAACAAUUCACUCAAAAACUAGAAAAAAGGAAAAGAGCCAUCUUAAUGAUUAGUGAAGUGGGACAAAGGCCAAACUACUGGGAAGAGACGAAUGAAAGGAGCCCCACUGUACUUACCGCAGAAGAACAAAACCCUAAUAUUUGA